AUGAUGAGCCGUUUGGCUGUCUUGAGCGCCGUUUUCGGGUUUUGUUAUUCCCUUCAAAUUCAAAACCUUCCCGGGCAACCGAAUGCGAAUUUCAAGCAAUACUCUGGCUAUUAUUCGGUGGGAUCGGAUGGGAAUCAUCAACUGCAUUAUUGGUUCAUCGAGUCACAAAGUAAUCCCAGCACCGAUCCAGUGCUUUUGUGGCUGACGGGUGGUCCAGGGUGUUCGGGACUCUCAGCGCUUCUCACUGAAUGGGGACCAUUCUUUGUGAAUGCCGAUGGGGCGACUCUUCGAGCAAAUCCAUAUGGGUGGAAUCGAAAUGCUUCCGUUUUGGUGCUCGAGUCGCCAGCAGGAGUCGGUUUCUCGUGGUCAAAGAGUGGAGAUGUUUCAACAGGAGAUGAUCAGACAGCCUCAGAGAAUUGGGAUGCUUUGAAAGCUUUCUUCACUGAGUUCUCGCAAUAUCAAAAGAACGAUUUCUACGUGACUGGAGAGUCGUACGGUGGAAUCUAUGUGCCAACGUUGGUUCAAACGAUUCUCGACCGGCAAAGUCAAUUUCAAAUUAAUAUCAAAGGAUUCGCUAUUGGAAAUGGUUUAGUUGAUGAAGAUCUGGGCACAGAUUCGAUCAUACAAUUCUUGCACAAGCACGGAUUGAUUGAUCAGCUGACCUGGCAAAAGAUUCAACAGCAAUGUUGCCCGAAUGCGAACACUGACGAUUGUCCUUAUCAUAGUUUUACGAAACAAGACCAAUGCGGCAAUUUUGUCAACAAUGCAGCGAACACGGCAUGGGGUGGCGGACUAAACCCAUACAACAUGUACCAAGACUGCACCAAUCAGGGCCAGAUUCCGAAAAGAUUCGCGUUGGAUUUCAAGAAGCGAAUGGGUCGAUUGCCAAAGCCGGAAGAGUUGGGUACUGUGCCCUGUAUGAAUGAGACGGCGGUUACCGUAUAUCUGAAUCGUCGCGAUGUGCGCAGUGUUCUCGGCAUUCCUGGAAUGUUGCCCGACUGGAGCAUUUGCAAUGAUGACCUCAACGAGAACUAUAACCGUCAAUAUGCAACCGUUGGGCCACAAGUGAAAAACGCGAUCACCGCAGGACUUAAGGUAAUGUUGUACUAUGGAGACAUCGAUAUGGCGUGCAAUUUCUUCAUGGGACAGCGAUUUGCCGCAAAUCUUGGACUUAAACAAGUUGCCGCCAAGAAAUCCUAUCACGUGGACGGGCAAGUGGCCGGUUUUGUCACCGAUUGGGGACAGCUGAAAUUUGUCACUGUCAAGGGUGCUGGUCACAUGGUUCCCACCGACAAGCCAUCGGUAGCUUUCCACAUUUUGGACUCCUUCUUGAAUAACAAGAAGUUU